UGCCACAAGAUGUCGUCCGUGGCGGCUGGACGAGCAGUUCCUGUGGGCCGUGGGCUCCGGGGCCUGCAACGGACCCUACCUCUUGUAGUGAUUCUCGGGGCCACAGGCACCGGCAAAUCCACGCUGGCGUUGCAGCUAGGCCAACGGCUCGGCGGUGAGAUCGUCAGCGCUGACUCCAUGCAGGUAUAUGAAGGCCUAGACAUCAUCACCAACAAGGUUUCUGCCCAAGAGCAGAGAAUCUGCCGGCACCACAUGAUCAGCUUUGUGGAUCCUCUUGUGACCAAUUACACCGUGGUGGACUUCAGAAAUAGAGCAACUGCUCUGAUUGAAGAUAUAUUUGCUCGAGACAAAAUUCCUAUUGUCGUGGGAGGAACCAAUUAUUACAUUGAAUCUCUGCUCUGGAAAGUUCUUGUCAAUACCAAGCCCCAGCAGAUGGGCACUGAGAAAGUGAUUGACCGAAAAGUGGAGCUUGAAAAGGAGGAUGGUCUUGUACUUCACAAACGCCUAAGCCAGGUGGACCCAGAAAUGGCCGCCAAGCUGCAUCCACAUGACAAACGCAAAGUGGCCAGGAGCUUGCAAGUUUUUGAAGAAACAGGAAUCUCUCAUAGUGAAUUUCUCCAUCGUCAACAUACGGAAGAAGGUGGUGGUCCCCUUGGAGGUCCUCUGAAGUUCUCUAACCCUUGCAUCCUUUGGCUUCAUGCUGACCAGGCAGUUCUAGAUAAGCGCUUGGAUAAGAGGGUGGAUAACAUGCUUGCUGCUGGGCUCUUGGAGGAACUAAGAGAAUUUCACAGACGCUAUAAUCAGAAGAAUGUUUCGGAAAAUAGCCAGGACUAUCAACAUGGUAUCUUCCAAUCAAUUGGCUUCAAGGAAUUUCACGAGUACCUGAUCGCUGAGGGAAAAUGCACACUGGAGACUAGUAACCAGCUUCUAAAGAAAGGUAUCGAGGCUCUGAAACAAGUAACUAAGAGAUAUGCCCGGAAGCAAAACCGAUGGGUUAAAAACCGUUUUUUGAGCAGACCUGGUCCCAGUGUCCCCCCUGUCUAUGGCUUAGAGGUAUCUGAUGUCUCGAAGUGGGAAGAGUCUGUUCUUGAACCUGCUCUUGAAAUCGUGCAAAGUUUCAUCCAGGGCCGCAAGCCUAUGACCACUCCAAUAAAGAUGCCAUACAAUGAAGCUGAGAACAAGAGAAGUUAUCACAUGUGUGACCUCUGUGAUCGAAUCAUCAUUGGGGAUCGCGAGUGGGCAGCGCAUAUAAAAUCCAAAUCCCACUUGAAGCAACUGAAGAGAAGAAGAAGGUUGGAUUCAGAUGCUGCCAACACUAUAGAAAAUCAGAGCAUUUCCCCAGACCAUGACAAAGAACCUAAAGAGAACGGAUCCCCAGGGCAGAAUGAGCAAGAGUUGAAAUGCAGCAUUUAAGAGACAUGUCCAGUGGCCUUUGGAAAGGUGGUGGGGAUCCACUUCUGAAGGGAGGGGUAUGUCUGUCUCCCAGUCUGGGCAGAGGAGUGCUAUGCAGAAUUUUGUGCAUAGCAGAAAAGCUCCCACCAUUCUCUUUCAUUCAGUGGUGUGUUCUAAAGUCUUAUGUUCUCUAUAAUAGAAACAGCAGGUCUUGUCAGCUCCUUGUAUGGCUGAUGUGUCUGGAAAUGAUGUCGUUCAAGAAAGCAUUUUUUUCUUUGAAUCUUAAAGGUUCUAUUAUUAAAAGAGGCACAGAUUCCACAUUUUUAUACAUGAGGAUCUUUUUUUGUGGUGAAUACCAGGACUGACUGCAUCCCUUUAAAGAAGUUUUAUAUCCCUGACUCUGGCUAAAAUUAUCUGAUUUCCAGAUGCUUUUGUAGAUGACUGAAGUAUUUGUGAGCCACAUAUUGGGAGUUCUAGAUUUGAGUGAAUGGCAGGACAGGAUCAUCCCCACUGAGAUGAUUAAGUGAACCAAACUAGUUCUCGGAGUUCUACAGAGAAGGAGGGAAUCAGACUGAGGAAGCUGUGUCAUGGGACUUGAAGACCAAAGACUUUGAAAUUUGCAAGCUGCUCAUAUGUGAGUUAUUAUCACUGCUGUCUUUCUAUUGAGUUACAAAUCUAUAUUUUUAUAGAAGUUUAAAUAAAGAAAAAAUUUAGAAGAGCCUCUUUGAUCCUUAAAAA